AGGAGCAGGGCAGUAGAGAGGGAGAGAGAGAGGGAGAAGGGGAGAGCGAGGCCAGCGUCGGUCGCUCGUGUGGCAGUCCGUACAGUCGAGCGAGCGACGUCGACUCCCCAUUGGUCGAACGGACUCCUCUUUCCUUAAAUUCGAAGAACAUACACGCACACUCCCUCGCUCUCCCUCUCUCUCUCUCUCUCUAAUGAUUACUCGUCCUCUUCCUCCUCUCGCUUUCUCCCCCUCGAUUCGCCGACCGCUUCCUCCGGUGCCUGCGACGGGAGAAAUCUAGGGCUUCUCCUCGCUCCUUUCCCGGAUUUGCAGCGGAGAUGAGUAAUUACUGCAAUGCCACUGAGAUCUCACCUGCGAUAUGGCGCUAGCAUGAGCCUGAUGAGAAACAGAAUUUUCUUUUCCUGCAAUGAAGUGCCCAGAGCUAAUUCUGCUUCCCCUAUUGGCUUGUAUCCUGAUGCAAAAGGCCAACACAAUUAAUCCUGAUGGUCUGGCUCUCCUUGCAUUUAAAACUGCAGUCAUCGCGCCUGAUGGCAUUUUCUUGCAAUGGAACGAAGAGGAUCCUGAUCCUUGUGGAUGGAAAGGUGUUAAAUGUGACUCAACCAAGAAUGUGAUGUCCUUGCGCCUUCCAUAUCACAGAUUAAGUGGCUACAUUUCACCUGAACUUGGGAAGCUUAAGCACUUACAAUAUCUAGCUCUACAUGACAACAAUUUCUAUGGAGCAAUUCCUUCAGAAUUAGGGAACUGCACUGAGUUAAAAGCUAUGCAUUUGCAAGCCAACUUCUUGAGUGGAUCAAUCCCACCUGAACUUGGAAGCCUUCUGAACCUAGAAACUCUAGAUAUCUCAAGCAACAGUCUUGGUGGAUCUAUUCCUACAUCACUUGAAAACUUAGCAAAACUUUCAAAGCUCAACCUCUCGACCAACUUUUUGGUGGGAAAAAUUCCAGCUGGAGGUGUUCUCAGUAAUUUUGCAAAAGAAUCGUUUGUUGGGAACCGCAACUUGUGUGGGAUACAAAUUGGUGAAGCCUGCAAAAGUGAGCCUGGAGGACCUGCAGACUCUGGACCUCCUGCUGCAGAAAGUAACCAAGGGACAGGCAAGAGAGGUGCCUCAGCUCGUCUAUCUAUCAGUGUUUUUGCGACAGUCAGUGCAUUACUUCUUGUUGCACUCAUGUGCUUCUGGGGUUGUUUUCUUUAUAAAAGAAUUGGUAGAAGCAACAAAACUCUUGCUAUUGAUGUCAAUGGAGGAACAUCUAUUGUCAUGUUUCAUGGUGACCUCCCAUACUCUUCAAAAGAGAUACUGAAGAAAAUAGAACUGUUGAACAAUGAUAAUAUUAUAGGUUCUGGUGGGUUUGGAACUGUUUACAAGCUUUCAAUGGAUGAUGGCAAUGAUUUUGCAUUGAAAAGGAUUGUUAAAACUUAUGAAGGCUUGGAUCGAUUUUUCGAGAGGGAGCUUGAAAUCCUUGGAAGUAUUAAACAUCGAUUUUUGGUUAAUCUACGUGGAUAUUGCAAGUCUUCUGUUUCAAAGUUACUGAUCUAUGAUUUCUUACCUGGUGGAAACUUGGAUGAAGUGCUUCAUGAAAGAUCUGAGCAGCUGGACUGGGAUGCACGUUUAAGAAUUAUCUUGGGAGCUGCAAAAGGACUUGCUUACUUACACCAUGAUUGUUCUCCUAGAAUUAUUCAUCGCGACAUCAAAUCAAGCAAUAUACUACUUGAUAGCAACUUGGAAGCCCGGGUUUCUGAUUUUGGCCUUGCCAAAUUGUUGGAGGAUGAAGAAUCCCAUAUAACAACUAUUGUUGCUGGGACUUUUGGUUACUUAGCUCCAGAGUACAUAAACAGUGGCAGAGCAACUGAGAAGACCGAUGUUUACAGUUUUGGAGUUCUUGUGCUUGAAGUGUUGAGUGGGAAGCGUCCUACAGAUUCAUCAUUCAUUGAGAAAGGUCUUAAUAUUGUUGGCUGGUUGAAUUUGUUAGCAUCUGAGAGCAAGCUCAGGGAGAUCGCUGAUCCAUCUUGUGAAGGGGUGCAGCCAGAAAGCUUGGACGCUCUGGUAUUAAUUGCCAUGCAAUGUGUAUCAUCAAAUCCAGAGGAUCGUCCAACGAUGCACAGGGUUGUACAAAUUCUAGAAUCCGAAGUGAUGACUCCCUGUCCUAGUGAUUUUUAUGAUUCAGAGUAACUCCGAAGACAUGGUUGCAAAUUCUCAAGAUACUGUAAAUUCCCCACACUUUGAAACGGAAAAAGAUCAUGCAGCUGCAGGAGGUCUGGAUUCCGCACUGCAUUCUUUCAUUCUUUGAUUUUUUUCCCUGUCCAAAAGCUUCACCCGUUGGGAAGAUACGUCAAUGUUGCGUAUGAGCGAUGGAGAUUGAAAAUGAUCGAGCACGUCUGCCAGUGAAAUUGCUGUUGAUGACUCUAGGCGGUUCAUGUAUACGAAUUUGUGAAGAGACGAAGCACAAUAGUAUUAGUCCGUUAGAGCUUGUAUUCUCCAGUGUUCGGUGUUCCAUCUUCUUUUAUUAGUUUCCCUUGAACUCAAAACUGCCCAAGUAGAGGAGAAUAUGAGAUGUAUAUGAUCCUUUUUAAAUGACAAAUAUUUUCAUGUUGAGAGAUGCAAAAUAUAAUUUGGCUAGAUGCCAAACUUCUGCCAUGUCACCGACCAAGGAGAAAAGUUUUGUUGAUACCUGUCCUUGCUACACUGAAGCGUCUUGUAAAAAUCAUGAAUGAUGUUUCAAUUUUUGAAAAAGUUAUGUGGCAUCUAAAAUUUUCUAUUCUCA